GCAAGCACUGACUCUCCAGGAAUAAUCCAUUAGAAAACUCUAGAGGUUCAAUUAGCCUCAUGGACGCUUUGCCUGGCAGAAUACCAGAUACACACAGAAAACAAAUGCAGAUAAUGAGCAGACUUGGACAUUAAGAAACAUACUGCAUUGUGAAUUAUGCAUCAUUUUAACGAACUAAGCACUCAUACACCAUUUUUAAAAAUAGUUAUUGUAUAGCAGAAGUACUCCAACUGUGAUCAAUUGGAUUGCUUCCAGUCCCUGGGUUAUUUAUUGGAGGUUCAGUGAGAACUGAUGGGUUAAAGAUGCUUUCUCUGCUCAUUACCGUCUGAAAAUAUUAUGUUUUUCAUACAAGCAAUUGUGUAGAUGCCCCAGGGAAGCAGUGUGAUUGGGCUAGGAGGGCGUAUUUCUCUUCUGUGAGAACAUUUUGGAAAGCUGCUGUUCUGUAUUUCCAUGUUGUUUAUAUUAGGUUAUACAUGAAUGAUAACACACAGAUUUUUCUUCCCUCAGUACUUCAUGAAACAAUCUGUAGGAAGCAUAGGAACAUGCUGUUUUCAAGCAUUAAAAAUAGUCGCUCAUUUAAAUUAGAAACAAACAAAAUAGUUUCUCUUACCCCCAGUAAUUAACACUGGAGAAUUAGCCUUGAGGUGAGCGCUGAGACUGCUUAGUGCAAUGGAAACCGGAGAGUAAAUUCCAGCAAGCAGCCAUUUUAUAUACAGUGGCAGCUAAAAAGACAGCUAUUUCUGCUGUUUUUCUUGGAGUGAAUGGGUCUCCACCGAAAGCCAACCUACCUGAAGCCAACUCUCUCUGCUAAGAGAUGCUGUAGGUCCAUGACCGCUGCUCUGAGCAUCCACGCAUGGCAGUGUUGGAAACAGCAGCUUUUUCAAGGGGGCCUGGAAAAAACAAAGGGAGCAAAAUGAGAUGUGGUUAGUUGUACUUAAUUUUAGCUUCAACAAGAUGUAUCUUCCUGCAAGAGAAGGAGAAAAUUCUGUGCCCUGCAAGGUUUUAUUGCUUUGGUCAUGUAGCUGUGAUUACUCCAUGGUCUGUGUGCUUAACGCUUGGGCUUGUGCUUGGUUUUAGCUAUCAGCCUGUCUGUAAACGGUUGCAAGCCAUGUACUCUGAUGCAUGGUUUUUCUCACUGACCAUCUAAACUUUAUAGCCAGCAUGAUGAGAGUUUGUCUGAUGCUCCUUUGGAUAAGAAUCGUAGUCCAGCCAUGCACGCUUCAGUGUAAAGCAGUCCAGGUUUUCCCACCUGUUAACUUCACCCUUACAGUCUCUGCAUUAGCACAAGUACUUCUAAGCUGGAAGCUAAGUCCUAAUCAGGAACAAAAAAACUACACUAUUAGAUACGAUGUGAAAAUCUUAACUCCUGUGUUUGAAGAGUAUGAUACAAUGAAGACUCACAGUCUCCAAACAGCUGUACUUCACAAUGGUUUCUCGGCACAUGUCCGCACGUUACUUUUCCAUCAGGGUCUUCAGAUGACGAGCGACUGGGUGACAGCAGAACUCCAGCCUCCACCGGGUGCUGAAAAUACAGCUGUCACUGAUCUGUCCUGUGUUACUCACUUCACCAUUUCUAGCACUGUUUCUCUCCAUUGCACUUGGCUUCCUGGUAAAGGGGCACCAGAAGAUACUGAGUACUUUCUAUUUUACAGGUAUGAGACCUACAUGGAAGAAUGCCAACAUUACAUCAAAGACAAGUGGAACAGGAAUACAGAGUGCAGGUUCUCAGUGACUCGUAUUGUUCCUGGUGAGAUUGAUGAGCUCAUCGUAAUACACAUUAAUGGCUCCAGCAAGUAUGCUGCAAUCAAGCCUUUCCAGCAGUUGUUUAACCAAAAUGCCAUUGAGAAGGUGAAUGUUCCCAGAAAUGUCACUGUAUUCUUAGAGCAAAAUGAUCUCGUGGCCACAUGGGAGAAGCCACUUUCUACUUUCCCUAAAGGCUGUUUUGAAUACGAAUUUUACCUCACCAACUUGAAGUCAGGUAACAAGCAGGUAUCAAAAACAUAUUCACAUGACUUCAGAUUACGGAUUGAUGUUACCUGCAGAUACUCCAUACAGAUAAGAGCAAAUCAUUACAUGUGUGCUGUAAAUGGAUUCUGGAGUGACUGGAGUGAAAUCCGUUAUAUUGGAGAAAACAAACAGGAGAAUCUGAUAGUCUGGAGUCUUGCUGUGCUUUGUGUAUCCACAUGCUGUACGGUCACGCUUAUUGCUAUAGUAUGCAAAUCACAACACACGUGGAGCAAACUGUUUCCGCCCAUUCCGACGCCCAGGAUCAAGUUCAGAGAUCCCUUUCCAAAUCACUACGAGAGGGCACACAGCUGCCCCAGUGAGACGUGGCUGGAGCCAGGCCUGGCCGAGGGCCUCCCCAGCAGCGCUCUGCACGACGACGUCUUCUGAGGCAACUGCACAUGAAGAACUGCUCGGCUGUGGUUCCAGCACUGUUUGUUGGUUCAUUUAGAACAACUGCUGUGAGUGGUGUGGAAAGAGCACGGCGGUGCCAAUGGCGAGGCGACAGCCCCAACCCACAGACGGUGGUGCAAGAGGUUACAGCUUAAAGGGAAAAAAGAAAUGAAAAAAGCAGCACUUUCCUGGCACGUUCUGAUGCCUUUCCUCAACCCGAUCUAUAGAACACAGCCUGGGAACACAGCCCUCAGUUAUGCAUAGCUAAGGAAGUUUGCCAAGGAGCUCCCUGUGGUUUUACCAAGGCUUUUUGAUACUAAAGGAGCUGGGCCCCUCCUCCAUCUGUAAUUCCAACUGCCUUCAGGUGAGUUUGAACAUCCAAGCCCAAGAUUGCAGCACAUUCUUCUUACCCAUCCAAGCAAGUUACCAGACCUGCCCCAAGCAAGCUCUGGUCUGCCCUCACCAGCUGCUCUGUUCUUUGCAUCCUGCCCAAAGAGCCUCCUGCCCACCCGGCUGCCCCAAGCACGUGAGCAUGGAAUAGGAAGACAAAAAAACAACAAAACACUGAGCAAUGAAGUUGUUUGGGAAGUGCCUAAACAUAAUGGAGCUCCCAGGUGCUAAAGACUAGAAAUAAUUAUAAUAAAUGAGGCAGCUCUCAUCUGGGUGAAAUAGCAUGGCUCCAUCAAAAUUAAUGUAGCUCAUUAAUAUAACAAUGUUUGUGCCUCAAAUGUCUCUACUGCUUGUGAUUGGAAUGGAUUGGAGGUGCCCAGCUUUAACAGUCUGAAAAUCAGUAUUUCAUUAGUAAAAUCCUAAAAAUGAGAUGAAAGAAUUCAUUUACUGUAAUGUAUUUCAUUUAUGUCACGGCUUCAAGUCCUCUAAUAAAUAAGAUUUGUAAAUAUAAUUUCUCUCCCAUUAAUGGAAAGGUGCUGCAGAGAUUAAUGCAGUACAUUUCGGUGUAGUUUGCAUUUGAGCUGUGCACUGUGACUGCUCUGCACUUGCAGCGAAAGCCUUCAGCUCUCAGGGCACUUGGACAGGUACCCACAUUUCUGUUAAGAGCUUCAGAAGUGGCAGAGCAGCUUGGGAUUUUCCAUGCUGCUGGUGGGGAUGAUGGGAAAACAACACAAACAUUUGCAGUCUGUUGUUUCCCUCGCCUGGAUUUCUGUGCUUUUUCCCCAAAGCCACGCUCAGGUGCCCCCCACCAGGUGCCAAGCUCCCUACCUCCAUCUGAGUGUCACCGCUUCUCCUUCCCCAUGCAAUGUUCAGCAUCACGAGCCUUGCCUGUGCUGCCGCUUGGGAGCUGAUGAAACUGCCUGACACGUGGCCGGGCUGAGUGCUGCACGGCCCUAUGGUGGCACGAAGACAUUAAAACAUGAAUUUUUAAAUUACUGCUUAGGCUGCAUUCCAAUGAAACAGAAAUCCUUUCGAAAACAUGGCUAUUUUCAUUGUUUUAAUAAAUCUUUGCACAUUUCCCAUGGAAGAUGGUGAUUUUACAAUUUCUUUCUAAAAACGGAAUCGCGUCCUUUUGGUUUUAAGCAUUACUGAUGGGCAAAGUGCGCUGGGUUCCUCUGAAAAACCAAAGGAAACACCCAAGAUUUGCUCCAAUCGCACAACUUACACUGCCACACUUAACACAGUUAGAAACACAAAACGUUGCCAGGAUCCACAAAGACAAGAAGGAAGCGAUGCCUUACCUGAAGGGAAGGAAGCGUUUGGUUUGUUUCUGAUCCUUUCUGAUAUCUUGGUGAGACUCAGAGAUGCCCAAGCUGCAUUCCAACCACACCAGCCUGCAUGGAAGCUUUGAAAGUUCAGGACUCUACAGAAAUAGCCGCUCUCACCCCAAUAGAUUUAUUCUGAAGCAGACCUGUCUGCUG